AUGCCGCGCCCUGGCCUCCACACGCCGGCGACGGCACACCAACCUCGUGGCCAACACCGAAGCCGCCGCCGUGCAGCCCUCCCGCCCAGGGCCCUCGCCGUGGCCGCCGUUGCUACAGCAAUCCGCAGCACCUCCACGACCAGGGGGCUCGCGCCGGCCAUCCGCUCGCGCCGCCAUGGCCAGCCCGGCCCAGAUCCGGCCCGGCCGCCCACGACCGCCGGAGCUCCGCGGCCGCCGGCCGGCAAGAAAGAGCCACCGCGCCCGCCUAGCAGCCACGCCCGCAGCACACCGGCGAGCUCCACCGCCCGCCGCCGCGCCCGCCGCCCGAGCCGCGCCCGAGCGAGCUCCUUCUCGCCAGGGACGCGGGAGGGGAAGAAAGCGCCCCGCCGCCACCAUCCUCGGCCAGCGCGCGGCUUUGCCGGCCCCCCUCCGGCGGCGGCGAGGCAGGGAAGGGAGGAGGUGGGGGGUGAGUGGCGGCGGCUAGGGUUUGCCCCUCGGCCGCCAGAGGAGGGCGACGCGAGGGGAGGCUCCAAGUCAAGCGAGCACGUUUUCCUGUAG